GGCCGGGGCGGGCGGGCGGUCCCGGAGCCUCUGAGUGCCGCGUCUUACGGCUCUUCUUCAUCUCCCUCUCCGUGCCCAGGCCGGGCCUCGCUGGGCCCCCCGGAGGAGGACGAGGAGGUGAAGGAGGCGGCGGCCCCCGAGGCGGAGGCAGAGACAGAGGCGGGUGAGCGGGCAGCGCCGGGCCUUGAGGCCGCUGGGGCGAAGAGGAGGAAGAAGAAGAAGAGGAAAGCUGCGGCUGGCCCCGAGGGAGGUACAGAAACUAAGAAAGCAAAGGCUGAAGAAGACGUAUCUGUGGAGGCAGGAGGUGAAGAUGGGCAGGAUUCUGAAGAGAAAGAAGCAGAAGAGGAGGAUGAAGUGCCCAGUUUACCUCUGGGUCUAACAGGUGCCUUUGAAGACAAUUCUUUUACUUCCCUUGCUGGUCUUGUAAGUGAGAAUACAUUGAAAGGCAUCAGUGAUAUGGGUUUUACACACAUGACAGAAAUUCAGCAUAAAAGUAUUAAACCUCUUCUGGAAGGCAGGGAUAUUUUAGCAGCUGCCAAAACAGGCAGUGGCAAAACACUUGCAUUUCUCAUUCCUGCAGUAGAGCUCAUCUACAAAUUAAAAUUCAUGCCUAGAAAUGGGACAGGAGUUAUUAUUCUUUCACCUACUCGAGAGCUUGCCAUGCAAACCUAUGGAGUUCUUAAAGAAGUUAUGAAUCAUCAUGUUCACACCUAUGGUCUGAUCAUGGGGGGCAGUAACAGGUCAGCAGAAGCUCAGAAACUUGGAAAUGGAAUCAACAUAAUUGUAGCAACACCGGGAAGACUUCUGGAUCAUAUGCAGAACACUCCAGGUUUCAUGUACAAGAACUUGCAGUGUUUGGUGAUUGAUGAGGCAGAUCGAAUCUUAGAGGUUGGAUUUGAGGAAGAAAUGAAACAGAUCAUAAAACUUCUACCAAAGCGCAGGCAGACGAUGCUGUUUUCUGCUACGCAAACCAGGAAGGUGGAAGAUCUAGCCAGGAUCUCUCUGAAGAAAGAACCACUGUAUGUAGGAGUUGAUGAUAACAAGGAGACAGCAACGGUAGAUGGUCUUGAACAGGGCUAUGUAGUAUGUCCAUCUGAGAAAAGAUUCCUUUUGCUCUUCACGUUCCUGAAGAAGAACCGGAAGAAGAAACUAAUGGUAUUUUUUUCUUCGUGUAUGUCAGUGAAGUACCACUAUGAAUUACUCAACUACAUUGAUUUGCCUGUUUUGGCCAUUCAUGGCAAGCAGAAACAAACAAAACGUACUACAACAUUUUUCCAGUUCUGUAAUGCAGAAUCUGGAAUUCUGUUGUGCACUGAUGUAGCUGCCAGAGGACUGGAUAUUCCUGAGGUGGACUGGAUUGUCCAGUAUGACCCCCCAGAUGAUCCAAAAGAGUAUAUUCAUCGUGUUGGUAGAACUGCCAGAGGUAUAAAUGGUAGAGGACAUGCUCUGCUCAUUUUACGUCCAGAAGAACUGGGCUUUCUUCGUUACCUGAAACAAGCCAGGGUACCACUCAGUGAAUUUGAGUUUUCCUGGUCGAAGAUUUCAGAUAUCCAGUCUCAGCUGGAGAAACUGAUUGAGAAGAACUACUUCCUUCACAAGUCAGCCCAGGAAGCAUACAAAGCUUACAUCAGAGCUUAUGACUCCCAUUCUCUGAAGCAGAUCUAUAAUGUGGGUAACUUGGAUCUUAACAAAGUCAGCCUCUCUUUUGGCUUUAAAGUCCCUCCAUACGUUGACCUCAAUGUGAACAGCAACCAAGGCAGAAGACUACAGAAAAGAGGUGGAGGUGGAGGAUUUGGUUACCAGAAACCAAAGAGCGUCCACAAAGCUAAAAUCUUCAAACACAUCAGCAAGAAGUCAGACAAUCGACAAUUUUCUCGUUAA